GAAUUUGAGGAAACCUUAGGGUUAUUUUAGUAAUUUUCCCUUCUGUCGAGCGAUGCCUAUAUACACCCUUCUCAGCGCGGAAUUGAUCAAGAGAGAGAGUGGCUGGAAUGGCAAUUGAAACCUACGGAACGGAGGUUGGCGAAGAAUUCGAUUACGACGACGAGGACGACGUUGAAUCGGAUGUGGCAGCUUUGCGUAAAAAACUCGCAGAAGGGGACCAAGAGGUGGCGAGGUUGAACCGAGAGAAUGAGAAGGUGGUGGAAGAGCUGGCGGUGUUAGAAAGGGAAAAAAAGGAGCUUACGGAAUUGAUUUUGAGGAAUGACGAAACAAUUGCGAGGCUCAAGGCAGAAAAUUCAAGGACUAGGUGUGGGAUAGGGUACCUCCCGGAGGAUAUGGCAAGGAAAGACAAAGAGCAUGUGAGGCUCAAGGCAGCAAUUGCAAGGCUUAGGACCAAGUUAGGGUUCCUUCUGGACCAUCAAUAUGGGAAGAGGGUGUAUAUUAGUGUAAAUGAAAGGGAUGGCUCGAGCAUAACAGACUCCAAACAACUUAAACCGGGUGGCGAUCACAUAUUUUCUUUCUAGUGUAUCCAGGUGAGAAGGAAGUGAUGGUCAGGAGGGCAAUCGAAGAAUAUAUUCUUCAGAAGCGACAGGAAUUGGAAGCAGGGAAGAGCGAGAAGGAAAUACCUGCUGCUACACCGAAUCUGAGUCAUCUGGAAAUUUAAAUAUGCGAAGGCAAUGGGCAAUGUUUCUUGUUUAGACAUACGCCUAUGUUUGUUGCUUUCUCUUCUUUAUAACAGCCUUCCCCCUUCAUAGGAAAAUUAGCCAUGAGGACAAGUAAAAUAGUUUUUAUUUAGGGGAAGGACGCGAGCAAAAUAGUUUUCAAUGUAGGUCCUUCAAUUUUAUGAGUUUUUUAGCCACAAGGCCAAAACAUGUUUAGGCGCUUUUAUAAGGUUUAGGGUGUACUUUUCUAUUAUAGAGUUUUAGUGGAAAAAAACUGGUAGCUCGACAUCGACAUUUUGAAUGCAGCAUAUAUCAUGCCGUUUUAUCAAAA